AUGGGUUCCCGAUUAAGAGACACUGUACGAUUCUUAUUUGAAUUGUUCUGUGAAGUAUCACCAGGAGAUCAUUUACGGGAGCCUUUUAUAAUAAGGAAAUAUCCUGAAGCAUAUAAAAAUGAAGAGGAGUUAAAAAAUAUUCCAAAGUUUACAUUCCCAUGCCAGUUAGAUAAUUCAUUUGUUCAACAUUAUUCAUUUGUGUUGACUUCUGUGGAUUCCAAGUACACAUUUUGCUUUUGCCGUUAUGAUCCCAAAACCAAUGCAGCUCUGGUGUUGCUCUCACAUUUACCAUGGCAUGAUAUAUUUUACAAGUUGUUGAAUUGUAUAGCAAAUUUAUUAAAUAGUUCUGAAAGUGGAGAGCUCACGUCAUUUUUAGAAGCAUGCCGAAUACGGCCACCUAUGCCCGGACACACGCUUAAAGUGACCUACAAUGCGGGUCACAGCGUGUUCUCUUGCCAGAGUCCUGACACUAAACUGCCGAGCAUUCCGGAAAAUUGUAACCUUACGGAGUACUUCAGUGCCAUGGACGCUAAAUGCAUGGCAGGUCUAUGGGCGGCUUUACUUCACGAGCGUAGAGUGGCUAUUGUUGCUACUAAGCCCUCCAGAUUGUCCGCGUGCGUGCAGGCCGCCAAUGCAAUGCUCUUCCCCAUGUCAUGGCAGCACAUAUUCAUACCAAUACUUCCAAAACAUCUUGUAGAUUAUUUAUUGGCGCCUAUGCCAUUUCUUAUUGGAGUUCCUAGAAGUGUUAUGGAGGCUGUAAAAAUGUCGGAGAUAGGUGAUGUAGUUGUAUUAGAUGUAGAUGCGAAUGAACUUAGAUCUCCUUUUAAUGACUUAGAAAGUCUUCCGCCUGAUAUGGUAGCGAGUCUGAAAAAAGCUUUAAGUGAUAAAAAUGCGCUAGGUGAUGCCGUGUCGAGAGCAUUCUUACGAGCUUUAGUAUGUCUUAUAGGGGGCUAUAGAGAUGCUAUUAGAAUUGAGAAAGGUCAACUAAUCACUUUCAAUCCAGAGGCUUUUGUAAGAACGAGAAAAAAUAUGCAACCGUUCCUAAGAAAAAUUCUACAGUCACAAAUUUUUCAACAGUUCAUUGACGAGAGAUUGGAUUUACUCAAUUCUGGGCGGGGUUUCAACGACGAGUUUGAAGUAGAAUGCAAUAAUUACGCUGAGAAAAUGAACACAGGCAGUGGGCAAAGGUUAAAACAGCAGUAUCGAGACUGGGCGAAGACUGUAAAAAAGGAAGGAGGUGCCUUUUUCAAGACUGUUAAAGAUAAGGCAAACCCAGCAGUACAAUCGGCUGUUAAAACGGUCCGACAAGGAGGUAAAAAUAUGAAAUCGGCUGUUAGAGGAUUAAAGAACAAAAUGCCGAAGACCGGCUCAAGGCCGUCUUCUAUAAACACGACAGACGAUAGCAGGUUCUCAUGUGGGUCAGCGACCCCUGUCUCCUCAGAUUCCUCUGACUCGUCGCCUGCCCACGAUGCACCUCCAAGGGAACCUCCUCCAGCUCUCCCUCUAGAUCUCCUAACAGAAAUGGAGUUCCUUUUCUCAAAUAACUCCCAACGCCGCGAUAGUUACCCUAAUAGCACGCACAACUCAGAUAUAAGUCUUCCCGAUAAAGCAAAAACACUGUCACCAUGCCUCCCACCCCGGUUACCGGAACGCCCCCAACUCCCCCUCCGUUACCCUAUCAUAUCGACAAGGAAACUUGUCGAUCUGUCCGACGCGCCAAUGCCACCGCCACGGUCGACACCGGCCCCCUCCACGGCGCACUUUGUAACUAACAUCACGAAAAACGACGCGAAUACGACAGACUUCCAUACAAGCACCAUACGCUUCACAGAGGGUAAAGAUAAGGCCAAAUUAAAAUUGACAAUGUCGACGAAUCAGAGGAGGCCUGUAAUAAAUCCACCAUGCAAUGGCAACGCGUCGAAACUACCGCCCCCUGUUAGCAAUAGGCAGAAUCAAGAUUUCCACGGCGGUAGAUUAACCGUCGCGGUAGCUCGGCCUACCCCCCUUCCUAAAGGAAGAACUCAAGAGUCUUGUGGCUCAGUGUCGGAUCUGAUUAAACUGGACGAUUCACCUACAAACCUCGAAGAUUUCGAUCCACUCAAAUAUAGUGAUAAAAAAGAGAAAGUUGAACAAAUCAAAUCGUCUACGGACAGUGCUCUUUUGCAUGAAUACGGAUUAGAUUUUAGUCAGUUUGGCAUGCCGGAAUUUACUAGUGCCUCGAAUGUGAGGCCUGAGGCUACCUCUAGCGUACCUAAGGGUUGGACUACAUUCAAUUAG